AUGUAUAACAUCCAGCAGUUGAAUACAGAUAUUUUUCACUCUCUGAAUCCCAAUACAAUUGAAGGUGAUGUUAUAACUGAUUUAGACACUCAGUUUGAUGACCAGCUUAUCAAUGGCUAUCUCUCUUCUUUUAAUCAGUCCAGUAAUAAUUUUGAUAAUAACUCUUUGUUUUCCAACGAUUUUCUAAUCACAUUCAAGAAAUUUGUCAAUGAAUCCUUGAAAUUAAGAAAAAAGUAUUUAUUAAUCUCAAAACAAUUAGACUAUUUGAACCCUCAUAACGUCACAGUUUCAAAUUCAAUAAAUAACAAUAUAAAAAAUUGGAUUAUCUAUCCUAAACCUUUGUCCAAAUACUGGCAUUAUCAAGACGAAUUUGGCUCUUCGAAUGAUGACCAUGGCUAUACAGGUAACGAUUUUAAUUUAAAUCAUUUUAUUCAAUUUUUCAAUGAUAAUUUUUGCGGUCUAAUUAAAAUUAAAAAUGACAUUUUCACUAGCCAAAUUCAUGACAGGUUUUUGGGCUUGUUUGAUGAAAACAUCUUGAAAGAUUUUAGCAAAUAUAUAGGCAAUAAUUCAUUUCAAGUUAUUCCAUUUAAUCAAUUUAAAAGCGAUUUGAAUUAUUUACAAUCUAUAACCAAAAUCAAUCUUUUCAACUCUUUUAGCAAACUUCGAUUAAAUUAUUUACAAAAAAAAUUUGAAUUAUAUCAAUUAAUCAAUGAAAAUUCAGAACUCUUAAAUUUGAAAAAAAUUCCCCAUAGAGAUUUUUACAAUGUUAGAAAAAUCGAUAAUUUUCGAAAAUUACGAUAUUCGAUUAAUAAGAAACAUUUAAUUGAAUUUAUUAAACAGAAAUUAUUCGCAGAACCCAACAGAAUUGUUUUAAUUCAAAAUAAUGUAUCAUUGAAACUAAUUGAUAUAAUUAAUAUAAAAGAUAUCAACAAUAUCGAUAAUGAAAUUUAUUAUUAUCAAAAUAAUAACUAUAUAAAAAUGGUUUUUUUGAGUUAUGAAUAUGCUCCCCUAAAUGGUGAAUAUUUUAAAGAAAUUAUUAAAAAGGAUAUAAUUGAAUUGGAAAAGGAUAAGUAUACUUUAGUUGAAUAUUCAAUUAAACUUAAAAAUAAGAAAAACCAAUGGUUUAAAUUAUCCAAUUUUUUAGUUGAUAACAAAUUGAUUAGUCAUAAUAUUAGGUAUAUAAUUGAAUUUAAUGUUUAUUCAAUGAAUGAUUUGUUUAAUUUUUUCAAGACUAUAAUUAAAGUUUCCUUAAUUCCUUCAAUGAAUUAUAAAUUGACGUUUUUACUAUUGAAGGUCUCAUCUUUUAGUAUUAAUUGUUGUUCAAAUGAUGAUUUACAGAACGAGUAUUUUUAUUACUGUAUUUGGUAUAAUUUAAUGGUUUUAAAUAGUAUUAGGUUAAAAAAUAAUUUAAAUUUAUUUAAUUUAAGAAACAAUGUUGUUAAUUCUGAGAAUAAUCAGGAUAACAAGUUACUUUUGGUUAAUUAUUUGGUGAGUAAAGAGUUUCUUGUUAAUUAUUAUUCUUCAAAUCAUAACCAUAUUUAUAAUUAUAAAAGUAUUAAAAUUAAUAAUGAUAAUGGUAAUGGUAAUGGUGGUGGUAAUAAUUUUUUUGAAAAUGAUAAUGGGUUAAAUUUAGAAUUGUAUGAUUAUAAUAUUUCUAGUAAUAGCGAUAUGAGUAAUAAUAAUAAUAAUAAUAAUAAUAAUAAUAAUAAUAAUAAUUUUAUGGAAUAUUUAAUUUAUUUGAAGCAAAUAAAUUUAAUUUUGUUGCCAAGUUAUUAUCUUGGAAAUGAAGGUAACAACAAAUUUUUAGAGUUGUUUAAAAAAGGGUAUAAAGUAUCGAUUUGUUCACAUAAACCAUUAUUACGAAAUCUAACUAGUUAUUCAUAUUUGAUAGAGAAUUAUUCGAUAUUGGGAUCAGUAUAUAAGUUAAAUUCGGCUGAUUUAUGUGAAUUAUCGAGAAAUUCAGUUUUGAAUUCGAAUUAUGAUGGAUACUUUAAGAAACAUUGGGUUGGGAUAGAGUAUAUUAAUAGCUUAAAACAUGACGAAGAGCAAAUUAAGAUUGGGAAAGAUGAGAUUGAUAAUUAUAAUGAGUAUGAUGGGAACAUCCGAUAUAUAGAAUCAGAUUGUGGGGUUUUAAGGUGCAAUGUUCCAAUUAUUAGAUUGGAGUAUCGAAGGAAUACGUUGUUGUUGGAAUAUGAAUUAUUGAAUAAUUUGUAUCGGUCAUUUAUUUAG